AUGGCUGAUGCUGCAGUAGGUUCUCUAGUCCGGAAGCUUGGUGAUCUAUUAGUGCAAGAAGCCAUCAAUUUGCAUGGAGUGAGUGAUCAAGUGGAGUGGUUGAAACGAGAACUGGAGACAAUGCAGUGCUUCUUAAAGGAUGCAGAAGCAAAAAAGAACAAUGGUGAUGACGAGAGGGUCAAGAACUGGGUCACGAAAAUGAGAGAUAUUGCUUUUGAAGCUGAGGACAUCAUUGACACUUUCAUGUAUUACACGCUACGUAGACAACAGGGGCAGCCUGGUUGCAUUGGUUUCAUCAAGAGGUUGCGGGAGCUAUCUCGAGUAGAGAAGUAUAUGGCAUUUCUAAUAUUGGUACAACUAAUCAAUACGAAGUCCGGUGAGAUCCCUAUAUUGCCUCAACUGAGAGAUGACAUUGAUAUGGUUGGCUUUGAUGAUGAGAAGAAAAAGAUUGUGCUAGAGUUGGUUAAUGAAGAGAAAACAAAUCGAUCAGUGAUUUCUAUAGUGGGUAUGGGUGGUCUGGGAAAGACCACACUUGCUAAAAAUAUUUAUAAUGAUCACGAAGAAAAGAGAAGCUUUGAUAUAUUUGCAUGGGUAAUCAUAUCUCAAGAAUAUACCAUCCAUGAGGUUUUGAAGAGAAUCUCUUCAAAAAUUUCAGCAACUCCAUCAGCUGACACAAUCCAAGACCUCUCGGACAUUGAAACAUGUUGCCCGACAAGUUUGCUUGAUUAUGCUCAUCAACUUGUUCAGAGGUGUGGGGGUCUACCACUAGCACUAGUAGUUCUUGGAGGACUUGUCUCAACUAAACCACAAACCCAAGAUGCAUGGCAUAAAAUUGUUGACAGCAUGAAAGGGCAAUUUGUGGAAGGAGGAAAAAGGUGUUUAAAAAUACUUGCAUUGAGCUAUAAUGAUUUGCCCUAUUACUUGAAAUCGUGUUUUCUAUACUUUGGUUGCUUCAAAGAGGAUGAGAAAAUUCCUGCAAAAACAUUAGUUAGAUUGUGGUUAGCAGAAGGUUUCUUGCCCAAAAAAAAUGGUACAACCACAGAAGAAGAAAUUGGAUUUGAUUGUCUAGAGGAGUUGGCACAACGAUGUUUGAUCCAAGUUACCAAACGGAAAUAUGAUGAUAGUGCAAAGAGAUGCCAAAUUCAUGAUCUCUUGCGUGACAUGUGCAUUUCAGAAGCCAAAGAGAGCAGAUUCCUUAAACUCUACAAGAAUGACGCUGAAGAUUGUAUGACAACGGCAAAUGCAGCCCGACGACUGAUCAUAUUUAAUGAGAUUGAGACUCUAAACUAUUCUAACUCAAAGUUGCGGGGUCUAUUCUAUGAUAAAAGUGAUAAUCUUCCGCCUUUUAGAGCUCUCAAAGGACAACUUGGCAAGUUUAAAUUAUUAAAAGUGUUGUUUCUUUUGGCUAUUUCAGAUAUAUCAGAAUUUCCUAGUGAAAUCAAAUCAUUAAUUCAUUUAAGAUAUCUUGAGUUCCAUUCUGUGAAUCUGAAGGAAGUUCCAUCAUGGAUUGGUCAUCUCCGCAAUCUCCAGACUUUUAUUCUUUCCUAUGGUGGAAGGUUAGAAAAGAUAUCAGAUUCACUCUGGACAAUUGGUAAUCUCAGGCAUGUUUGUCUACCUACAUCAACGGGUCCUCCUCCAAAUAUGAGAAAUAAUGUACCAAAGAAUUUGCAGAUUUUAGAAUGGGUAAAUGCUGGAUCAUGGAUAGGAAAUGCACUUCCAAAGCUCACAAAUCUACGCAAAUUGAAGAUCUGUAAUGUCUCUAAUGAUCAUGCCAAUGCACUAUCUUCAUCACUCCAGAAAUUGGGUCGUCUUGCCUCCUUAUCCAUCGAAAUUGGAGAUGAAAUUCCUUUGGACAACAUCAUUACAGCCUUUUCCAAUCAACAUUGCCCCAAGAAAUUGUUUCUCAAAGGAAGUUUGAACCACAAACAGCUUCCACUCAAUGAUGUAUUUCCUCAACAACUAGUGAAACUAUUUCUGAUGUUUUCUAAAUUGGAGCAAGACCCAAUGGCAACACUAGGGAAGCUACCAUGUCUCAAGUAUCUAAAACUCUACGAUGCAUAUGAAGGCAAACAGAUGAUAUGUUCGGCAGCAGGUUUCCCUCAACUGUUAUCCUUGACAAUCUUGGUAUUUGAUCAACUUGAGGAGUGGCAUAUCGAGGACAAGACAAUGCCACGUCUCAAGUCUUUGUGGAUCAUCAAUUGUAAAAGGUUGAAGAUGAUUCCAGAAGGACUGAAGAAUGUGUCACUUCAUCGAUUGGUAGUAUCACUUAUGCCUGAAGAAUUCAAAACUCGGAUGAAGGAGAAUACAGGAGAAGACUGGUACAAGAUACAACAUGUGCCCAACAUCUCUUUUCCUUAA